AGAAAUUACUAGGUCUUGACCAAGAUGACUUCUUCUUUUCUGACCUCCGCGGCAGUUUUUGCCUUACUCACCCUGAAUGUCGGUGCCCUGGACACUUUCAUAGCUGCAGUGUAUGAACAUGCCGUCAUAUUGCCAAAUAAAACAGAAAUACCUGUUUCUCGGGAAGAUGCCUUGAUCCUGAUGAACAAGAACAUAGAUAUUCUGGAGAAAGCGAUAAAACUGGCAGCUCAGGAGGGUGCUAAAAUUAUCGUGACUCCAGAAGAUGCACUCUAUGGAUGGACAUUUACCAGGGAAACCAUUUUCCCUUAUUUGGAGGAUAUCCCAGACCCUAAUGUGAACUGGAUUCCAUGUCAAGACCCCAACAGAUUUGGUCACACACCAGUACAAACAAGGCUCAGUUGCCUGGCCAAGAAUAAUUCUAUCUAUGUCUUAGUAAAUAUUGGGGACAAAAAGCCAUGUGAUUCCCAGGACUCCACAUGCCCUUCCAAUGGCUAUUAUCAAUAUAAUACCAAUGUGGUAUACAAUUCAGAGGGAAAACUGGAGGCACGGUACCAUAAGUACCAUCUCUACCGUGAGCUUCAGUUCAAUGUCCCUAAGAAGCCGGAGUUGGUAACUUUCAAUACCACCUUUGGAAAGUUUGGCAUUUUCACCUGCUUUGAUAUACUCUUCCAUGAUCCUGCUGUGACUCUGGUGGAAGACUUACAUGUAGACACCAUACUGUUCCCCACAGCUUGGAUGAAUGUUUUACCCUUUCUGACAGCUAUUGAAUUCCACUCAGCUUGGGCCAUGGGAAUGAGAGUUAAUCUUCUUGCAGCCAACACACAUCAUGUCAACCUAAAUAUGACAGGGAGUGGUAUUUAUGCACCGAACUCUUCUAAAGUGUAUCAUUAUAAUAUGGAAACAGCAUCUGGAAAGAUUCUCCUUUCAGAGGUGGAUUCACACCCCCGAAACUCUCCUGACUACCCUGUAGCCAGAAGUUGGAGUAGCUACGCCAGUACCAUCCAGCCAUUCCCAGUACAGAAACAUACUUUCGGGGGAUUAAUUUCCCGUGAUGAGUUCAACUUCACAGAGCUUUAUGAAAGUAUAGGAAAUCUUACAGUCUGUCAAAAAGAGCUCUGCUGUCAUUUAGGCUACAGGAUGCUAAAAAAAGAAGAGAAUGAAGUCUAUGUUCUAGGAGCUUUUACAGGACUUCAUGGACGAAGGAGAACAGAGUACUGGCAGGUAUGCACAAUGCUGAAAUGCAAAACUGCUAAUUUGGAAACUUGUGGACAACCAGUAGAAGUUGCUUCUACAAGAUUUGAAAUGUUCUCCCUAAGUGGCACCUUUGGAACCCAGUAUGUUUUUCCUGAAGUGUUGCUUAGUAAAAUUCAUCUGUCACCUGGAAAAUUCGAGGUCUUAGAAGAUGGGCGUUUGGUAAACAAGAAUGGAGUAUCUGACCCUAUCCUAACAGUGUCACUGUUUGGGAGGUGGUACACGAAGGACUCAGGUGUAAUCAUCAAUUCACCAAAACUACUGAUAUCCACCUUGUUAAUAAUCACAGCUUUGCAAAAUACUGUGAUGACAUAA